AUGUUGUUCUUCAAGUAUCUUUGGCAACUUAUUCCUAAAGUGCCCACCUUCGAUAUCAGGACCUCACUCGUUUUAAUGUCAAUUGGUAUUCCAUUUUUGCUCGAUAUUUUAACAGUUUUCUUUGCCCUUCCAAUUUUCAAGGCUAUCUUUCAUAUUUUAGAUCUUGGCGCAGCAUUUGGUAUCUCUUACCUAGCUACAUUAAUGCUUAUCCCACCAAAAGUUAAUACAUUUUAUAUUUUAGGUAUAGUAUUACUUUCUGCCUAUCUUAUAGGUCGCGUUCUCUUCCAUUUCUUCAGGAAGAAAGAAGACUUCACUGUCAAAGAUGCCACAAGAGAGCUUUCGAACUUUUAUUUCGAUGGAAUUAUUCCAAAUUUCACAGAGAACCUUACAUUAUCAGAAAUUAACCAGAAGCUUAGUAGCAUCAUGAGUACCGUACAGAUUGUCCCUAAAGUUGCUGCCCCAUCCACAAUUUUCAUGUUAUAUUGCAUUUUCCUGCUCCUGAUCGUGGUUUCUCUAAUUCUUCUUGAUGUCAUUAAGCUGGAUAUCACCAUUCCUCCAGCUGUCAGACUCUUCUUACCAUACAUUUUACUUCCAUUUGCAGUAAUUACCUUUGUCCUUAUGUUCCUUAAAGCUACAGAGGCUGGUGCCAAGUUCCUUUUAUCAGUUAAGAAGUUUAUCAAGCGCUGGGGUCUCAGAUUACUUCUUCUUGCUUUCGAACUUCUUUAUAUUCCAAUCAUGACUGGAUUAAUGUACAAUUUCGUUCCAGUAUCCGUCAAAUGCCCCCAGGAAGGAUUUAUUCCCAUCAGAAUCCCAUCCAACAGCACAUUCUACCAGUUCGAAACUCAUUAUAUGACAUGUGUCAACCAAUCCACACUAGAGAACAUGUCUUCCUUCAGCCUUGCCAUUACAACCAAGCUCAGCAAGCUCAGAAUGCGUAAAGAGCUCUCAUUAUCUUUCGUCCAAGAUAUCUUGAAAGUUAAUGGCGGAAUCAUGCUCUUUACCAUUGCCUUCAUCAUGAUUGGUAUCCCAGCAUUCUGGGUCGCAACAGUUAAUGUCAACCGUGACUUUGUAUUUGGUAUCAACGUAUUUGGUCGCACUCCAGAAGAAAAGUGGGCAGUUCUUACUACGAAACUUGAGACAACAGGUAUUUUCCUUUUCCAGAAGUACACAGUUUAUGCCGCCAAAUGGUCUGUGUGGUUAAUUUUAGCCAAAUUCAUCAUUAUGAUUCUUUCUGCGAUUGGCAACAGCUACUACACGAAACUUGUUGUUUUACUUCCCAUUUUCUAUCUCUGCAUGGCCGUUGCAACAUAUCUUAAGUGGCCAUAUUUGUGCAAACUCAACAACUGGUUAGAUUUUGUUCUUUAUAUUUUCAACCUCAUUUUCGCUCUCUUCCCUGUUCUUUCCGGUUUCAAUGUCAUUGUUCCUGAGAAGAUUGUCACCAUUGUUUCUCUUGCUGUUCUUUCCAUUCCAGCCGUAUCAUGCGUUUUGUUCCUUUUCUGUGUCAACAAGGACAACAUGGAUGAUCCAACACUUAUUACAAAAGAAGUCAAAGAAGAAAUAGACAGAAUCGAAGAAGAAAGACUUGAAAAACUCAAACAAGAAGCGGAAGAAGCAGAAAGAGCUAAGAAUGGAAGAAGAUCAUCAGCAGCUAAAGAAAAGAAGCCAAAAUCAAAGAUAUUACAAGGAAGUUCUUCUAAAGGUGAUGAUGAUGAAGAAGAAGAUUUCGAAGAAGAUUAUGAUGAUGAUAAUUACGAUGAUGAUGAUUAUAGUUCUGGUGAUUAUAGUACUCAUUACGAAAAAUCAUUCGAAAGAGAUAAUGAACAAGCUUUCAAGGCACAGUUCGAAACAGUCAGAUAUGAUGAAGAAUUCAAACGCCAGAUGACUGAAUUAGAAACAGUUGAAAUUGGCGAGGGAUGGUUGAAUUCUAUCUAUGACAUGAAGAAUAAUCAGUUGGAGAAAGGAUUCAAAGUUAAGAAAGUUAUUUUGGCAAUGAGAUUUAGAAAAUACUACGAAAUGCUCGAUUUAAUCAUCGACGCACAGACAAUUGCAAAGUUGGUUUUUUUCUUGAAUUUGUCUUCUGUUUUCGCUUGUUUCGCAAUGGGUUGGUUCAUCAGAGCUUUACUUUCUACAAUGAUUGAUCACGAAAUCCAGACAAAUGUUCAAAUCCCUGCUGAUACUUGCAAGUGGUUGGAAUACUUCGCAAACAUGACUGGUUUGGAUUCAACUAAUUGCGUAAUGUAA